AUGAAUUAAUAAGUAUCACAUCAAUCUAAGACAUCUCAAACUUAAUAAUUCCUAGCAUCUUAAUUUUCUAAAUUACCUGAUAAAUCCAAAUUUCAGUAACUUAUCCCUGUCUAAUUACAUGUUAAUUGUUUUGAGAGAAAAUAAAACGAAGGAACCGAUAAUAGAUAAUCACCACCUUAAUAAUAAAAUUAUUGUACAAAACCAUCAUAAAAACCUUAAUAAUCAAAUCAUAAAUCGAAUAUGUCAUUAUAAAAUAAAAGCAAUUCACAUAUUGAUUCUAUUUAAGAGAAAUUAUAAGCUAUGAAUCAUUAAAAUAAAAAAAGAGAUUAUUCUCCUAAUUCAGAUGCAAUUAGACAAUUACUAAAAAAUACUAAGACAGAUUAAGAUAUAAAUAAUUUAUUAUGUAAAAAGCAAUAAGUUUAAGAUUAACAAAUAAUUUUAACUCCCAUGACAACAAAAUAUUAAUAAAAAUCUCAUUCUCCAUUAGAUAUAAAAGAGAGUGUAGCUUAAUUACUAUAAAAUCAUUUUAGUAUUUAAAAUAAAUUAUAAUUAGAAACAGAUGUAUCAUCUCCAAAAGGAAAUGGGAGUAAUUAGAAAUAAAAAAAUAAUCAUUUUGGCCCAUAUUUAUCUAUUUAGUAAUAGAUUCAAUAGUAAAAAUUGAAAGGACAUAGUUCUACAAAUUCACUUUCAUAUGGAAAUAGAAAUCAUCAUCAACAAUCCUUGUAAGAUUCUAAGAGAUCCGAGACAGCUGCGAUAACCCCAACACCAAAAAGAUUUACAACAACAUCAUAAAAUACAGAGCAUAGUAAAAGUAAAUCUGUUGUUGAAGAAUAAUUGUAAUGUAUGAAAAUAAUGUAAUUUGAUAAAGAAAAUCAAUCCCAUAUCCUUAAUUUAGGUUCGCCAAGUGCUUUUAGUAGUUCUGAACAAACAUCAAGUGUAUUAUCUAAUUAUUUAAAUGAUAGAUUGGAGAUAGUAUUGGAAUGCACUUGUAAUUUGGAGUCAAAACACUAUCUCCAUUCCCAAAGCCUCCUUAAUAACCUUAAAGAUUUUGUAUCUAUCAUAAAGACAAGAAGGCUAAAUAUGUGACAGAAGAAGGUAAUGAAUAUCUCUUUUUUUGUUCUAAAUGUGCUGUUAAAUUAGCAGGUAAAGGAAUGUUCUUUACUGAAAUUGCAUAAUUAAAAUAAUCAACAGCAGAUUCAUAAACAUUUUCAUUUUAAUAAAGCUCUUUAGAUUCAACCCAAAGAUAAUCAUCAUCUGUAGAUAUAUAAUUUAAAGAGAGAGAAUUAAAGGUAUUUUUAUCAUUGCUUUAUUAAAUUCAAAGCAAUAGAUAGGAAUUGUUGAAUUAAUUGUCAAGUUAAGGAAAUAAAUUGUAAAACUAUUAUGAAAAAUAAAUGAAGAUUUGUAGAGAAACAAAAUAAUAAUUGUCAAUCUUUUUAGAAGAAAUAUAUUAGAGAAGUAUAAAUUAAUUGUCUAAUUCAAAAUAAUAAACAUUAUCUUUUAUUACUAAAUUAUUUUAAUAGUUGACAAAUAAUUAAUUAGAUACUAAGAAAACUUAGAAUGAAAUUGAGACUAAUUGGAAAAGAGUUUUAGACAAUAUGGAUAUGACUGCAUUUAGAGAAAUCAUGAAUUAACAUCAUUCUAAAUUUUCAAAGAUUGGUGAAUUUUAAUAAGAAAUUCAAAAUUAAUAUAUAUAACUCUAUUCAAUGGGUUCAAUGGAUAUAUAGGCUACAAUGUCAUUAAUUGCUUAAAAGUAUUCUAUUAAAAUAUUGGUAGUUUUGAAUUAAUUGAAUCUGCUAUUCCACUGAUUUCAAAUAUUUAAUAAAUGAAUAAUGCAUAACCAAUUAGAACUUAGCCUACUCCACCAAAAAAGAAUGAAGAAUCUUUAAGUUAAAGAAUCAAGACUGAUUUAAGCAAUUAAAAGAAAAAUUCAGAAGCUAAAUAAUAAAACUUUUGUUAAUAUUUCAAUGAUAAAAUAGAUAUGAAUCAAAAUGUAUAAAAUAUAAGAGAUAAUUAAAAAAUGAUACCUUCACUUUCAUCUCAUAAUAAAAAUCUUUAUGUUUCAUUUGAAAAUAAAGAAAUAUUUAUGAAUGCUUUAGAAACAGAAAAAAAUAAAUAAAAUACUUGUUCAGAAGAUGACAAUGCAUCUAAAUAGCAAGCAAUUAUGAUUUUAUAAUCAUAUAAAGGAUCUCAUGCAGAUAUUGAAGAAGAAUCAAUCAAUAUGUCACAUGAAUCUUAAAAAUCUGCUCCACAUAGUCCUGCAUCUGGAUAAACUAAAGAAUCUGUUUAAAGAAUAAAUCCAACUUAAGAAUAAGAAUUUAUUACUCUUGCAAAUAAUAAAAAUGAAACUGUACCAAAAGAAGCAUUUCAAAAAUAAAAAAGCACUUUCCGAACACUUUUUGAAAAUGAGGAUUCUUAAGAACCUAACAUUUAAAUAAAAAAGGAAGCGACUGCUAUUUCUCCAGCAAGGAGUGAAAAAUUUAAGUCUUUCCUUAAUAGAAUAUCUAAUAGCCAAUCUACUACUUAAUAGUAUAUAUAUUAUAUAUAUAAAUAUUAAUUAAUUUUAGGUAUUAUCAAUAGAUACUGCAAGGUCAUUAAAAAGUUAUAAAUGAAACACCUGAUGUUAAAAAAUAAGAUUCAUUAAGUUUUAAUUAAAUAUAGUUUGAAGUUCCUGAUACAUGUGUUAAGGAAGAUAUGAUGAAUCUUAAAGAUAGUUAAGACAUCAAAGAUUCUGUCCAUCAAAUUAAUAUGUGUGAUGAUCAAUAACAUCUUAGUGAUUAUGAUGACGAAAAAGAAGUUUAAGAUACCAAAAUGCGAUAUGUAAAUUAGGGAGAUGAAAGGAAAGAAUAAUAUUAAAAGACUUUAUUUUAAUCACCAAUGUUUAAAGAUCAUUGA